AAACGGCUCAUUCAGAACCUGGGACGUAAUAUCGCCGAUGAUGUCGCAAAAUACAAGGAGUCGUUCGCUAAGCUUAUCCAACGAUUCAACGACCACACAGUCGUGGUGACGAAUAUCGUUACGCUGAGGGUUAUGGAGAGCGUAGGGCGCUUCGAUCAGAGCCUCACGUUGAGCAGCCUGCUCGUCGCCCCGGGAUCAGGGUUCCAACCCGAGAAGGGGUGCUUGCCAGGCACUCGUACGCCGCUGAUCGACCUGAUCAUGAAGUGGGUCUAUUCGGUAGAUGAAGAGGACACCAAACCCGUUUUUUGGCUUCACGGACCUGCAGGAUCCGGGAAAUCGGCGAUCUCACAUGCCGUGGCCGAACGUUGCCGGGCGGAUGGACGACUGGGGCGUAUCUUUUGCUUCAGCACGUCGGCGCGAGAUCGGAAAUUGGAGCAAAUGUUCCCGACGAUCGCGGUCGGAUUGGCGGAUCUCGAUCCUGACUGGAGGAAGACCCUCUGCGAGACCAUUCAACGCGACCACGAACACGAUCUCAACACGACGUACUCCUUGCAGCUCCAAUUCGAGAAUUUCCUGCUCGAGCCGGCCAAGGGUUUGGAGGAACGGGCCGUGGGACCCAUCGUGGUGAUCAUCGAUGCGUUAGACGAAUGCGGAGGCAUAUCCCAGCGCGCGCAGCUGCUCAAGUACAUCUCGCGUUUUGCCGAAUUGCCCUCGAACUUCCGCUUCCUCUUCACUUCGCGUUCGGAUCGGGACAUGAUGGACGUCCUAUCGAAGCUGCCUUGCGUACGCUCUCAGGACAUCGCCGAUCCUGAAUACGACACCGCGGACGCGGACAUCGGCCUAUUCGUGAACGAAAGCCUAUCCACGUAUUCUAUGAUCACGGAAGAUCCGCGUUGGGUAAGCAGCAGGGUAGUGGACACACUGGUCGGAGCCGCCGAGAAAUCGUUCCAGUGGGCAUCGACGGCUUGCGCCUUCAUUCGGGGUGAGGGUGAUUACCAGGAAUACGACUGGCAUGAACGCUUCGAGGCCGUCGUCGGUUCUGUAUCCGCAUCACAGCAGUCAGACGUUCAAUAUCAUAACCUUGAUUCCCUGUACCACCUCGUCCUCAGCCGGCUCUUCAAGAGUGGUCCUUCUAUCCGUUUCAAGCGAAUAUUAGGACGAGUGUUGGCAGUCCGCGAGCCACUAUCAAUCGAAGCGUUGAAAGGACUUCAUGGCGAAGACGAAGGGCCCGAAUGGACGAAGAACCUCCUCAGUCUCAUGGGGUCUCUGUUAUACGGCGUUUCGCAAGCAGAAACCCCCAUCCGUCCAUUGCAUGGCUCUUUCCGUGAGUUCUUGACCGACGGCACUCGAAGCGGUCCCUAUUGCGUGGAUCUUGACGAUGCGGACGACAAAUUGGUACACUCGACCCUCCGCAUCAUGAAGAGCUCCCUUAGAUUCAAUAUAUGCCACCUCGAGAGCUCGUACAAGCUGAAUACGGAGUACGAUGAUCUCGACCAACGUAUCCGAACUUACAUGACGCCCGGUCUCAUUUACUCUAUUCGUUAUUGGGCGCAACACGUUGGGCAGGAGCGCGCAGCCUCCGACCCCAAUCUGCUAUGGAACAUCGAAAAUUUCUUUGCGAACCACGCUUUGUCGUGGCUGGAGUCCCUGAGCCUGCUCAGAUCUCUGCUCUCUUGCGCUUCUACCUUAUCAGCAUUGAAGCGAUUUGCCUCGGUGCCUAGUAGGCUUCUACGCUGGGUCGACGAUAUGGAUCGGUUCAUACACCUCUAUGGAGCUGUGAUAUCAAGCUCGGCGCCUCAUAUCUACGUGUCCGCCCUUCCUUUUAGCCCGACAACAUCCUUGAUAGCUCAAUACUACGCGGAGCGUUUUUCGCAAUCUGCGAAGGUCUUCAGAGGAAGGGCGACACAUUGGCCGGCGCUGCGGUCUGUCAUGCGCGGCCACAGUGAACUCGUCGUGUCCGUUGCAUUCUCCAGAGAUGGAAAGCGGAUUGUGUCCGCGUCAUACGACCACCUCAUCCGAGUGUGGGAUGCAGCGACAGGAGAGGCCGUCGGAAAACCUCUAGAGGGCCACACCGCCGACGUCAAUUCUGUGAUGUUCUCUUUCGAUGGCAGAAGGAUUCUCUCGUGUUCCGACGAUGAAACUAUCAGGCUCUGGGACGCAGAGAGCGGGGAGGCCCUUGGAGGUCCCCUCACAGGCCACGGUCGUAAAGUCAACUCCGUCGCGUUCUCACCCGAUGAUAACUACAUCGUCUCCGGGGGCAACGAUGGGACUAUCCGGGUGGUAUGGGACGCGGGAACAGGGCAGACCAUCCAGGGACCAUUCCGAGGUCAUACCGAUGCCGUAUUUUCCGUAUCAGUUUCAAGCGACGGGAAGCGUAUCGUCUCGGGCUCCUUGGACGACACCAUCCGGAUAUGGGACGCAGAUAGCGAAGACUUGAUCGGGCAGCCCAUCCGCUGCCGCAGUACGGCUGUCGCUUCGGUCGCAUUCUCACCGGAUGGAACGUACAUCGUUUCGGGCUCCGCAGACAAGACGGUUCGAGUUUGGUACGCAGACAGCGGAGAGAGCGUCAGAGAAUCCAUCGAAGGACACAGUGGCGGGGUCUCCUCUAUCGAUUUCUCCCCCGAUGGGGCUAUCGCGAAACUGACAUGGGACGACCAGAAUAUCACCGCCGUCGCAUUCUCUCCCGAUGGCAAACGCAUUGCCUCCGGCUCCUUCGACAAGAUGAUCAGGAUCUGGGACACAGAACAGAGGAUCGCCAUAAGGGGCCCGUUGCGAGCGCACAGUGACAUCGUCCGGUCCGUUGCGUUUGCGCCUGAUGGGGUACACGUCAUAUCGGGGUCCGACGAUGGCACC